AUGGACCUCGCAGAUAAACAGAAGGCAGACGCCUUGGAUCACUGGGUUGAAUGGCAGAAGGAGAAGGCGAAGAGGAAUCUGCCUAAAGACCUGGAGGUUCUGCCAUCUCCAUUGCUGUUGGAACAGAUGGAGCGUGAGGCGGCCCAGCGCCAGAGAGAUCGGGAGGGCUGCUCUGUCCCUCCGCCUCAGCUCCAACGUUCCCUUCCUGCUUCCGUACCGGCAGCUAAGCCGUCUUCUUCCUCCCGCCGCAGAAAUCGCCGACGCACAGGGAUCAAGAGCUUUAGGAGGACCAGUCUCAUGUAUUCCUCUCCGGAGCUGAUGGAGAGGAUCGGGCAGAUGGAGGGGGAUUAUGAGACUGCACUCCUGCCCACGCUGCGGAGGGUGUCUGCGAUGCCUCAGCCCCUGCUCACGUCACCGAGGGUCCCGCCGACACCUCAGCUCCUGUUCCUAGUCUGCAGGGUAUUCACUGAGAAACUGGUCCUCAUUCUGGCCUCUGAAACCUGCAACGAGUGGUUCGAGGAGGGAGCGCCGCCGGAUCCUGUCUCUGAGUGGUUCAAGGAGCAGUUUGUCCUCGUUCUGGCUUCUGAACCCAGAGACGAGGGGUUCGAGAAGGAAGCGCCGCCGGACCUUGUUCCUGAGGGGUUCAAGGAACAAUAUAAUCACAGAGAACUGAAGUUUGCUAGAACAAUGAUUUUUGCUGUCGAGGAGAUCAACAGGGAUCCUUUGCUUCUCCCUGGAUUAAGCUUGGGUUACAAGGUGUACAAUGGGUGUGGGGCUGACAACCUCAUUCGAGCAGCUAUUGAAGCUAUAAAUGGAAAUGACCCACUGUCCUGCAGUGAUCAGACGCUGGCUAUCUUAGGUCAUUCAUCCUCUGGCGUGAGUGAUGACAUAAACACCAUAAUCAGUACGGUAUCUGUGCCACAGAUUAGUCACCUGUCUACAUGUGCUUGCUUAAGUGACAAAAUUCGAUAUCCAACAUUCUUCAGAACGGUACCAAGCGACCGCUACCAAAUCACAGCUCUGGUAGAGCUUAUGAAAUACUUUGACUGGCGCUGGAUAGGAAUCAUUCAUUCUGUGGGUACAUAUGCAGAGGAAGGUGCAUCUGAGUUAGUUAAAGAGGCACUAAAGGAAGGUAUAUGUGUAGAAUACAGGAUACUUUACUUAAAAACAUCCAGGUUGAGAUUUAGAACCAUAGUAAAGACACUGCAGGAGUCUUCGUCCAAGGUGGUAUUGAUGUUUAUGUCGCUGUCUUAUGCAGAGUCAUUCCUUUCAGAAAUGGAGGUGCAUAACAUAACUGGAAAGCAGUGGGUGGGCAGUGAAUCUUGGAUCACACAAACACACCUUGUUUCUGCUGAUAGAAAGCACAUCUUACAGGGGGCAAUAGGCUUUGCCCUUCCUCAGGCAUCUAUACCAGGUCUAGGGGAAUUCCUGCUUAGCUUAAAACCUUUCAAUCAAUCAGACAGCUCUCUAAUUGAAGCUAUCUGGGAGGAUUUCUUUGGAUGCAGUUUCACCCCAACAAAUACCUCUACUUUGUGUACUGGUACAGAAGAUCUACAGGCCAUCUCUAGUGUCUACACAGAUGUAACAAAUUUCAGAGAAGAAAAUUGUAUUUAUACAGCUGUCUAUUCUGUAGCAUUUGCUCUCAGUGUGCUUUUGCAGUGUGAAAAUGGCUCAAAUCCUACCACUGGAAAUCCCUGUUUGUCCAAGGAUGAAAUCCAGCCUAAGUUAGUAUUUGAUGCCAUGAAGCUAGUAAACUUCACAACUAAGAAUGGGGCUAACAUUUUCUUUGAUAAUAAUGGUGACUCUACUGCCAAGUAUGACCUUGUGAAUUGGCAGAUAAAAGAGGAUGGUUCAGCAGACAUAGUCAGCAUUGGCCAGUUUGAUAAUUCUUUACCGGAGGGGACGAAACUGAAACUAAAAGACAAUAUGAAAAUAGUUUGGGGCAGCUAUAAUAACAUGGUGGUACGGUCUGUCUGCAGAGAGCCGUGUCCACCAGGAACUCGAAAGGCAGUAAACAAAAAUAAGCCUUUGUGCUGCUUUGAUUGCUUUCAGUGUCAUGAAGGAACAAUUAGUAAUAAGACAAAUUCUCUCGACUGUUUGACCUGUUCACCUGAAUUUCGGCCAAAUGAAAUGAGAGACAACUGUGUUCCAAAACCUACUGAAUACCUUUCCUACACGGAGACCAUGGGGAAACUUCUUACUGGUUUUGGCACCUUUGGUGUAUUUUUAUCACUUCUCAUAACCACAAUAUUUUUUUGUCAUAAAGACACUCCCAUUGUAAGAGCAAACAACUCUGAGCUGAGCUUUCUGCUUCUGUUUUCACUAAAGUUGUGUUUCCUCUGCUCAUUGACCUUCAUUGGUCGGCCCACUCAUUGGUCUUGCAUGCUUCGAUACACCUCAUUCAGCAUUACAUUUGUCUUUUGCAUUUCAUGUGUUCUGGGGAAAACAAUGCUGGUUCUGAUCACCUUCAGAGCAAGACUUCCAGGCAGUAACGUGAUAAAGUGGUUUGGACCUGCACAGCUAAGAGUCACCGUUCUCAUUUUUAUUCUUGUUCAGGUUGUCAUUUGUAGAAUUUGGCUAACUACCAGUCCCCCUUUCCCAAAUAUGAAUAUGCAGUACUAUAAAGACCGAAUCAUUUUAGAGUGUGCUCUGGGUUCAGCGGUUGGAUUCUGGGCAAUGCUCGGUUAUAUAGGAAUUCUAGCUGCCUUAUGCUUCAUUCUUACUUUUCUUGCUAGAAAACUACCGGACAGUUUCAAUGAAUCCAAACUAAUCACAUUUAGCAUGCUGAUAUUCUGUGCAGUCUGGAUCACAUUUAUCCCAGCAUACAUUAGCUCUCCAGGAAAAUUUGCUGUGGCUGUGGAGAUAUUUGCUAUUCUGGCCUCCAGUUUUGGUGUGUUGCUUUGCAUUUUUGCUCCAAAGUGUUAUAUUAUUUUGCUGAGACCAGAUGAAAACUCAAAAAAGAGUUUAAUGGUUAAGAUGUCCCCAAAUAACUUUAAUUCGUAA